CUGGAGCCAAAGGCAAGAAGGCCCGUCCUUUAAUAACUCCCGCAUUCCAGGCAAGUCUGAGACACUUCGCUGUUGAGCCAUUGCAGCUAUGGACCUACAGGCACAACUGGAGAGCACGACCGAGAGGAGCUGGAAUAAAGAGAAGAUGGAGCUUUUGGAGCGUUUUGACAAUGAAAGGAAGGAGUGGGAAUGUCAGUGGAAGGUCAUGCAGAAGAAAAUAGAGGAGCUUUAUCAGGAGGUAAAAUUAAGACGUGAGAGCAAUAUAAAUGCCUUUGAGAAUAAGGCCAUUCGUAACAAGACACAGCAGCAGUCCAUACAUUCUCCCACUUCAGAAUGGAGUGACACACCAGGACUGAACUCUAGUUCAGCAGACCAAGAGAGUUUGCUCACCAAGGCAGAAAAGGAGAGCAAGGACAUGAGAAACAAGGGGAGAAACCAUGGGAUUGUAAAGGAUACUCUGGCCUUUGAGAGUUAUGAAGAAUCUGAAGACUGCCCGGGCUUGAAAACAACCAAGAAUUAUACUCAGGAUCUCAAUAUUGCUCUUAAAGAACUUGCCAAAGUAAGUGAAGACUUGUGCAGCUACCAAGAGGAAAUCCGUAAGAAGUCCAACCACAGAAGAAAGAAGUUGUUUCCUGUCCUGGGAGAAUCUAUCGAAACUAAAAAUACACUGAUCUCACAAGAGGUGAACCAUAUGUGUAACAAUGAUACACAAACAACUUCAGUUGCAUUUGAAACAGAAGAACAAAAUAACAGGAAGAACUUGAUGGGCAUCAACCCAUCAAAGGAGACUCCAUCUAGUGCUCUUACUGGGAUUGAGAGAACAGGCUUUUUGCCUUGGCAAAAAAGAGAAGCUCCUCCCAUUCCUCCGAGAAGCACUUCUCGGCAUUUGACAAGCUCUCUAGCACACAUUUCUGAAGCAUUAGCAAAAGAUACAGGGCCCAAAAGCAUCUGUGAGACCCAGGAGUGCCACAACGGAAAUACAUUGACUGAUCCACCUUUUGCAAAACAAUAUGGUGCUCCAAUGCCACUGACAAAUGAAUGGAAAUCUGUUAGUGGGUCGGCAGUGGCUGCCACAGUGUCCAUACAAAAAGAGGAUCCAUCUCUUGAAUGCAAGUUGCCAGCAGGAUUUUCUCACAACACUUGGUCCCAUGAUGCAAGCAAGGUUGGGAACAGUCCUAAAAAUGGCUCUUUUCCACACUUUGUCCAGAAGAGCUGUUCCAAUGGGAACUUGGUGCCCCAGAAACAGCAUUCUAAAUCACAAAGCAGUGGGCAUUUUACCAGUGACUUAUAUGCCCCUGUGUGUGACACCCUGGGUGAUUCUGCAUACGGAACUGGAAAGACACAACGAAAUGAAACGCUGGAGGCAAAAAUUGAUGAGUUUAACAGAACUGUGUUUCACACAGAUAAAGGCCAUGAGUGUCUGGAACAGAACCAAAUGCUGCCAGUACCAUCUGGUGAUCCUAAACCCCAUCCCAUACUGCAGGAUUGCAGGACUAGCAGAACAGAGUCAACCUGUGUUUUGAAUCCCAGACUCUCUUCAAGAAUGGGUGAAAAAGCCUACAAACCCAGCAAAACUGCCAAAGCUACAGGGCAGCAAAAGCAACUCAAUGGACUCCUAAGUGGCUACCAGCAAAUGCUUCAUGAGCAUGACUGGAGGCCCAGUAAUUUGUCUGGUCGCCCACGAUCAGCUGACUCAAGAUCCAACUAUGGUGUUGUUGAAAAGCUUCUGAAGAACUACGAAAAAUCAACCGCCUUGUGGAACUCAAAACUCCACAAACAGCAGUGGGUGCCACCCAGUUCUGAAUUUGCAGGUGGCAGCUGUGAGAAAUUGGGUCACUAUUUUGAAAUGCUUCAGGCAGAUCAGGGAAAGGAGGAGCAGCAGAAGAACUCAACCAGGCACAUUGGACUUUAUGCCAAGCAUGGCAAAGAGAAGCAGAGAUUUCCUGAGGUAUCUGUGCCAGCUAAACAGCCAAAUGGGAAAGGCUUCUCUCGGCCAGCUCGGCCAGCAAAUAGGCGUUUGCCUUCCAGAUGGGCCUCCAGGUCACCAUCAGCACCACCUGCUAUCAGAAGAACAGCUUUGAAUGAACUCUCUUGAACAGUUGUGGGAUCUCAGUGGGUCUAAACUCAAGAAUGGAUUCAAUGCUGUUUUGAAAACUCCAUGUGGACUGUCUUUUUUUCAUGUUCCUGAUUGCAACCAGAUCUGUGCAACUGUAUGUCCAUCAAUAGUAACCCUGUCUUUUGACCUGCUGGAGACACAGUCUCGAUUCUUAGAUCAUCCUUAUACAGUCUUCAGUGUUUUUAUCAACUACAUAAGGAUGCCCCUCCCCAGGUGUAUGUAUAAUUUUAUAACUCACAGCCAUUUUUUCCUUUGAAUGACAUAUGCCAAUCGUUAUCUCCUAAAAUCUUUUUUUAUUUACAUAAUGUAUAAUUCUGUAUAUUCUGACUUAUCCAGCAAACAGCAGGAAGAAAUGCUGUAUGCAUGAUCAUGUGUUUGUAGGUGCAUGUGUUGAAAUAGGAAGCAUACGACUCUGUAUUUAGGUGAGACAAACUCAGUACUAGUACUGACACUAACAUUAUGGUUAUAUUCUUGCAUACUAAACAAAACUUUUGUGGUUUAUUUUGAAAGACCUUUGAACUAGCCCUGGCAAUUAUAUUUUGUAUAUCUUUUACAAAUUUCACAGGUCUAGUAUUUGAUAUACAAAAACUAACAUACUUUUUUGGUAACAGUAGUGAAAAAGCAUUUUACAAUAUGUACCAGGAGCAGAUUAGCUAAGUGGAUUGAUUUCUCAUUCAUACUUGAUGUUCUUCUUCACUUCUUUAAGUUUUACUGUGCUAGGAAUAUUUUUCAGAACUAAACAAUCCAUUAUUUAUACCUGCAAUUGGCUUUUGGUGCACAGACAUUCCUCAAAGGGAUCAGCUACCUUAAAUGCUUGUGUCUGCCAUUCACUGUAACAUCGCUCAAAGAUUGGAUUCUAGUAGAUUUAUUUAAGCAGUAUUAUGUAUUGUACAGAGGAAAAAGAAUGAGACAGAUGUCCAGACAAUAACCGCACUUAAAACCACCAAAUCCUGGCUUAAUAAGCCAUGAUAUGAAAGAGCUUUAUGCACUUGCCUGCUGUCCCUUUGCUGCUCCCCUUAUGCAAGCAAAGAAACAAGCCAGGUAGCCACAGUUAACCAUCAAUUCCCAUUACAUGCAAAUUAGAAAACUAUGGUUAAUGGCUUCCAAACAAGCCAGGAUGUGAAGCUAUGGUUUAAAAUGGCUUCCUGGCUUGUUUCUCUGUUUGGUGAAGGUUGUUGCAGGUGCAUGGAGCUUGGGCCAGUCCUGGCUUUUAAAAUCAGGAUUUGAUUGUGUGAACCAGAUCAGCAUGUGAGGGUAGAACUAUGUCUUCCAUGACAAUAGUACAACUUACACCAUGUUAUGACAUGUUAAUUUCCCUGCCAACUGCUGUCAGUGAUGAGGUGGCAAAACACCUAUUGUAAUGCUAUCCAGACAUAAAGUAAGAUGAACUAACAUGACAUGGAGGAGAACAUGGCAGGUGGAUGCUGGUUCCACCUUCAAGCAAAACCCCUUUCCCUUAAAAUACCGAAUAUUAAAAGUGUUGCUAAGUCAUAUGCACAGUUAAUGUUAGGUUUGCAGGUGGCAGGGCUUAACCUAAACUAUCCAUUUGUUCCAAACACCCUGUCCCUACUGUGAUUGUCCAGUAGGUCAAAGUCUCAAGUCUGGCAAGGCAAAAUUAAUCAGUUUGUUUUAAACAAAAGCAGAAGAAUAAGCAACAGUUGAAGUACAAUGAUCUACAAUUAAUCUUUUCUUUCUUGAUCUGCUACUGAGCUUCAGAUGGCCAAGGCAACUGCACAUAUUCUGCUCCCAGGAACAAUAUGAGUAUCUCUCAGUUAUGAGGUUUGCUUGCAUUCUGGCACAAGCCUGACAUACAUACAUAUUGCAUCAAGAUAGGAUUGCUAUGGUGCCAUAAAUCCUAGACUGAUGGCAUUAGAAGCAUGUAUUUGCCAUAAUCGGUGUCUAUGCUGUUGGCUGUUAGUAUGCUAUGUGUGUAGCCCACUUUAUUUCCUUUCUUAACAGUCUGAAUGAAAUAUAGAUCCUCCUGAACUGC